AUGCAAGAACAGAGCCAUAAGCCGAGACGAACUGCAAUUGCGUGUAUCGCCUGCCGCCAGAGCAAGGUAAAAUGCUCUGGCGAUGAACCCUGCGCCAACUGUAUCCGACGAUCACUGACUUGUCAGUUUUCAGAAGCAAAUAGCAAAGUGCUCGUGUCAGAGAGGUAUCUUCGUGAGUUGCAGAAGCAAGCCUACAACUGGCAACGUGCUUCAGGAGUCAAACGCUCGUGGGAUUCAGCGUUCAAGGUUGGGGAUGGGGCCCACGAGGAGACCACGGUCCAUGAUGACCAGGUCGCCGCAGAAAUUGUAGCCCCCCAAUCCCAGGGAUCAGCGGCAUCACAGGGGAGCGAAUUUACAUGCAACAUCUGGACGAGUCCCUUCACCUUACCCUCAACGGUCAUUAAAGAUCCACAUAUGGAACAGCGAAACUGGAUUUGGCUGGCCCCGACCUCGGCUUGGUCGCUCACAGCUCGACUGAUAGUCAUGAUGACCGAGAAACUCGACCUGAACUCAACACACAAUAUUCCGAAGUUCUAUCUGGAUGGAGAUAUCUAUCCGUUCGCGUGGGACCGCGCCACGGCCACCGAACCGUUUGAUACCAGUGGUUUGCCGUCGGCUGAUUAUGCCUUAUACCUGUUCAAUAUUGUCAAGUUCCACCUGGGCCAGAUGUACCGAUUCUUUGACGAAAAUACCUUUGUUUCUCAGAUGCAUGAAUUCUACGCGAGCGAUGCGGUUGAAAAGGCCAGCAAACCUCGUUUCUGGUUCCUACAAUUUCUGCUGGUCCUUGCACUUGGAAAUGCGUUCGUGUCGCGGCCUCGAAGCCACUCCAGCCCACCUGGCGCCAAGUUCUUUGCGCGUGCGAUGUCCAUCAUGCCCAAUCAUACCUCCACAGGAAAAGAUAGUCUGUUGGCCAUCGAAGCCUUGGCCCUGGCCGGGUUAUAUCUGUAUGCAAUAGACCACAGAGAGGCGGCUCACGUAUACGUCGGUCAUGCGGUACGCAUAGCACACAUGGAAGGUUUACACACCCAGCUUCCGGAAACAGAAUUAGGUACUGCCACGGUAGCCCGAUGCCGAAACCUGUGGUGGACCUUGUACAUCAUGGACAGACAUGUCUCCUCGUCGCUGGGACUCCCGAUGACGACCAAGGACAGCGAUAUCAGCACUCUGAUCAACACCCCGAGCAUGGAUUUCCAUGACAUCACAUUUAGCCUACAAGUCAGGCUGUCGCAAAUGCUGUCCUUUAUUUUAAGCACCAUCUAUAAGACGGAGAAGACCCAGCUCGGAAGGUUUCUAGAGAUUACGAGAAACAUUUUGCACGCCAUGGCUAAACAUGCUGAGGAGAUCGAGAAGAUGAUGCAGAUUAGCUUCCAGAGCUCCAUGGAUAACGUGCCUCAGGAGAUGCGUCAUAUAAUCUUACUAUACCAUGAGUGCGUGAUCGUCGCCACCAGGCCUCUGCUCUUGUCCGUUCUGAAGGAACGGCUAGAGAAGUUAGGGCGUGCAGAGGAAGACUGGCAAAAGUUUCUAGCCCUCCCCAAAUCCUUGAUAUCCAUUGGGAUCAAGUCUGCCGAAAAGACGCUUCAGAUAUUGUCGGACGAAAAUGGUCACCUCGAAACUUUCCUUCCAUUCGAUCUCGAGUUUACCUACGCAGCUGCUCUACAUCUGACCAUGGCGAACACGCUCUACCCACCCGACACCAACGAUGACACGUAUAGUAAGUCUGCACAUUCAAUCCUCGAUGAGAUGAUUCUGUGUGGGAAUAAGGUGGCAGAGGUUCGAAAGGAUGAGUUGCGCUGCAUCGAGGGGCUAUUCCAAGAGUUCGCCAAACGAGUACAGCAGGAAGGCCUGCAAGUUCUCACUUUGUCUGGUCGGGGACUUGUGGAGGCUGGACCAGAGGAAAAUCCUAGUCAAGAAUGCCGGGGACAAACGCCCGCGACAGAGCCUCCAACCUUCACAGAGUCAUCGGCCCAGUCACCAUCCGUAAAUCAGUCUCUGACGGCCAGCGUCGAUCCCCUCGACAAUGUGAUCGGAAUCUCAUCCUAUGAAUUCCUCUCUAUUGUGGAUCAGAUCGGCGGCUCUGAAAUGCCCUUCGUCUUGAACGUAGGCCCGGACUGGAUGGACGGCGGCGCUAUCGCAUAUCCGUUUGGGUGA